AUGGAAUUUACUCCGUCUGCUAUGAAUAAGUUAGUUGAGCUGUUAAGAGAACCUGAACCAGACGUGUUGCAAGGGGAUGACAUUCCUUACUCAGGGUAUGAGAUAACAUCUAAUAGAGACCAAUUAUCUAGUGAUAAUUUUGAACAAAAUAGUCUGCCAAAAACAAUUGAGGAAUUUGAGGAACGAGAGGCUGCUGAGAUUGAAAACGUUGUGAGCCUGGCUUCUUGCGCGGGGGAUAAAAAGACACCUGAAUAUAGUAUGAAUUAUCAGCAAUCAGUAACCGCCGAAGAUGUUUAUUUACAGAUUGGCCCGAAAACUCCUUCCUCAGCUAGCUGCGAGAAUCUUAUCGUAAAGAUCAGGAUGCCUGGUGACAAGAUGGAAAAUGUGGAGCUGUCUGUAGACACUAAGAGUGUUACUGUGAACUCAUCAAAGUAUUUCCUGAAGCUUCCGCUUCCUCAUGAAAUCAACCCAGACAAUUCUAAAGCGAAUUGGGACGGCAACGAAAAAGCCUUAAUUUUAACUCUGAAGCUGAAUAGAGAAUUUGAUUUUUUCACACGAUCAGUUAAUUUAAAAAGAAUGCUGCCUCGGACUGUCGUGUUAACUCUUUUUAUAUUCUUUAAUACUCUAGUAUCAUUACAAAGUAUAAGGCAAUGGAGUAACAGACAACUUUUCCCACCAAGUAAAAUUCCGGAUGAAGGUCUUAAUCCCCGGCGAUCAGUCGUUAGGCGUAAAAUAGUCCUUUAUCACAAUUUCUUUCGAACAAAAGUGCAACCGACUGCUUCCAACAUGUUAUUGAUGUCCUGGCACUCGGGUGCUGCGCAACAAGCUCAAAAUUAUGCGGAACGCUGCAUAUUUCUGCAGCACAAUGAUCCGCAGGAGAACACCGUUCCAUAUCUAGGAACGUGUGGACAAAAUCUAUUCGUUGCGGCGCAGAAAACUCCAUGGUUUUUUGCUCUAAAGACUUGGUUUUUAGAAUAUAAAAACUUCACAUACGGAAAACCCGUUAAUAAUCUGAAGGCUGUCGGCCAUUACACUCAAAUGGUCUGGGCCACUAGUCAUAAAAUUGGAUGCGGAUUAGCACACUGUCCAGGUGGACCGUGGGGACAUUUUUAUAACUACGUGUGUCAUUACUGUCCAGGCGGGAACUACGUAACUAUAACACAUUACCCAUACAAAGCGGGUCCUCAAUGCGGAGAUUGUCCAGGAAACUGUGCACAAGGCUCAAUUUGCACUAAUACAUGUCCAAGGAAGGAUUACUUCUCCAAUUUGACCGAGCGACGUGUUUCCCACCCCCACUACGGCCGACCCAAUUGUAAUGCAACGGCCGAGUCCGGCGCGCGGGCAUUGAGGCGUCGGCCACCGCGCCCCGCGUCCACCUGCCGUCGCGUCAUGGUCUGCGACGAUGCCUUGCACGCCCCAUCGCCCCACGUCCGCCGCAAGUCGCUGCGCCGUCUCGCGUCCACGCGGGGAUUCAGACCACGGCCCGGCACCGAGCACGGCUGGAUACGCGUCCACGACGGCCUCGAGCCGUUCGCCCUCGACGCCGGGAGCAAGCUGAUCAAGAUAUCCGUCCGAACCACCGCGGAAGAAGUGAACCAAAAGCUCGCCUUUAGCGAGGACUUGACGCUGUGGCUCCAAACGGGCGGCGAAAAUUCUCGGCGAUUGGAACCCAAUGAACGCCCUUUACAAAUACAAGAGGACUUUCUGAUGAAAAAUGGCUGGACUUCUGAAGCGCGCAGAUUACGGUUGGCGGUCGAUCCGGAAUUACGACAUACACUGCGGUGGUGUUGUGGACCCGCUGCGGCAUCGGGUGGCGUGCUACAAUCGGGAACGAUUCACGUACUUAAAGGCCAUGUCUUUCCACAGUGGAAGUCCAGGCAAGCAUACAUACUUGGUUCUGCACUGCACACCUUUGGUGUAACGUGGGAUGUUCUAGAAAUAAGCGGUGGAACUGUCGAGUUUUGUCAACCCAAAGCUCAAAAAUUGGUACUUUGUCUCAAACCGCGUUGUCAAGGUAACAGUUUGCUGGACGCUGGCGUGAAUCACCUGUUUCUUGGCUUCAAUACAGUUUGGGAACGAAAUAUGUGGUUCUGCUGGUUGAAAGAGGGCACGCAAAGCACGCAACCGCCGAACAUUCUAGACUUGAGUGGCGGCGGGCAAACGUCAUUGGAUGCCGCUUUGGCGCAGCACGCGACUGGCGAGUUCACGGUACGCGUGCUGCGUAUGCGCGGCAACGGCCUCUCCACCCUGCCGCAUCGGACCUGCAGUUUGACAACGCUAACGCACCUCGACAUCAGCGACAACAGGAUCACGGAGCUACCCCCCGAAAUAUGCCACCUCACACAAUUAGAAGAGUUGCAAGUCAGCGACAACGAACUAAAAUCUUUGGAUUGCGUGUUACGACUGCCGCGGCUACGUAUUCUAGUAGCAACUCGCAAUAUGAUUACAACCUUUGAGAAUAAUAACUCCAGGCAAAUGAGUCAUGAAGAUGACAAUCGAUCACAGCAUAGGACGCCACUGACCACGGUCGAUCUUCGCCACAACAAAUUAAAAGGAAGCAUAGUCCUGGGUAACUAUGAUCAUUUGGCAACAUUAGACAUUUCACAUAACUCAGUAGAGGUUUUAGUAUUAUCGGCACUGCGGGGUCUGAGAGAGCUUUAUGCGUCACAUAAUUCCCUUCAGCAUCUCGCAUUACAUGGUGGGUCCUUAAGGGUUCUGUGCGCUCCUCAUAACCAAAUGGAGACUUUGACAACAACUGUGCCACCGAUUAAUUUGGUAGAAAUAAACGUAUCACAUAACAAAUUGACAUCCUUACCACAAUGGCUCAGCUGCUGCUCUGACCUCACGACGAUACACGCGAACCAGAUUGCUGUUGUUCACGAUUGGAGCCGUGUUGCCAUUCUGUUUCCCCACCCAAACCAAGUAGUGAUCGAUCUUCUCCUAGUGGCCAAAGCGAUCUCCCGCCAAUGGAAGUUGUUACCGAAUGGAGGACCAAAUGCUGCAUACUUUGGCUCGCUUCAAAGGCUGAUGCCGUAUCACUUAGAAUAUGACUUUGCUGUGAUACAAGAGAAAGGAGGCCAAUCACAAGAAUCGUUAGACCUCGAAGGACGUAUGCAGCAAUAUUGGGGAGUUGCAACAACGGAGCUG